AGUUCAUUUCUUAUCGAAUAUAUAUAUUCUUUUAUCGUUCAAGGUUUACCGAAUAAUUUUUAUCGUAAUUAUUUUCCACUCAGCUACGCAAUUUCUUUUAGUUUACCUUUGAUCAAUAAGUGUUUGAUGAACAAUAAAUUAAUAAUGGCUUGAUAACUUUGUUGAUUAUUUAUCAGAAAAUUAGUGUUUUGCAUAAGUUUGAGUUGAUCGAGUUGUAUGAAUAUGUACAAAUUCAAAAUAGAUUUAAUUGUUAGAAAAAAUUACAAAUUAUUGUUUUGUGCUAGAUUUAAAUAUGGUCCACCCUCUAAACAAAGUAAUUAUUAUGAUCCAGAUACUAUUAAUGAAAAUCCAUUGGAAAGGUGCAAAAGAUUCAUUAAGAGGGAUUUUAAUGAGUUAGUUUCUAAAAUGAAUGAUCCAUUUUCUCAAUACAAAGAUAAUAAAUUAUUUCCCAAGACUGUAGACAUACUUAUUAUUGGCGGAGGUGUCAUUGGUUCAUCAAUUGCUUAUUGGAUUCAAGAUAAAUGUAGAGAUGGAAUUUCUAUAGCUGUAGUGGAAAAAGAUUUAUCGGUAAAAAGUUCUAUAAUUUCUUCUGAUGAGUAUUCCAAAGCUUCGUCAGCGCUUUCAGCUGGAGGAAUCCGCCAGCAGUUUUCAUUAAAAGAGAAUGUUGAAUUGUCUAUGUACAGUGCUGAAUUCCUUCGAAAUAUCAAAGAUCACCUAUCUAUUCCUGAACAUGAACCUCCUAAUGUUAAUUAUAAUCCAUCGGGAUACUUGUACUUAGCUACAGAAAAAGGGGCAAAUACAAUGUUAAAAAACCAUGAAGUUCAAAAAAAAGUUGGAGCCAAAGUUGAACUACUGUCACCUGAACAAAUGAAAAUUAGAUUUCCUUGGUUAAAUAUAAAUGGUAUUGUUCUUGGUAGCCUUGGUACUUUAAAUGAAGGAUGGUUUGAUGCCUGGUCAUUACUGGAUGCAUUUCGUAAAAAAGCUAAAUCACUUGGAACAUAUUAUGUUGAAGGAGAAGUGAUUGAUUUUGGCUUUAAAAUUGAUACUAGUAUUGUAGUUGAAGGUGAUGAGAAUAAAGAAUAUGAAGGAAUUAAUAGUGUUAAAGUAAAAUUACCUAAUGGUGAGUUACAACAAAUGGUUUUUGGUUUGUGUAUAAUUGCUGCUGGAGCUGAUUCAGGAAAAGUUGCCCAGUUGGCAAAAUUAGGAAAUGGGAAAGGAUUUUUAUCAACUCCUUUGCCUAUAGAACCUCGGAAGCGUUUUGUUUAUUACUUUCAUGCUCCAAAGGGACCUUCAAUUGCUCCAAUGGUUAUUGAUCCAUCAGGUCUUUAUUUUAGGCCUGAUGGGUUUAACAACCAUUAUAUUUGUGGUAAAUCACCUGAUGAAAAUGAUGAACCAGAUACAUCAAACUUGGAUGUUGAUCAUGAAUACUUUGAAAAAGAAAUUUGGUCUCAACUUGCACACAGAGUUCCUGCAUUUGAAGAAGCCAAAGUAAAAAAUAGUUGGGCAGGUUAUUAUGAUUAUAAUUGGUAUGAUCAAAAUGCUGUAAUUGGGCCACACCCAAGUUAUUUCAAUUUAUUUUUUGCAACAGGUUUUAGUGGACAUGGUAUUCAACAAGCACCUGCUGUAGGAAGAGCUAUAAUGGAAAUGAUUACAGAAAGUGGUUUUAAUACCAUAGAUCUUACUAAAUUUGGUUUUGGACGGCUGAUUGCUGAAAAACCCUUGUAUGAAGUUAAUGUUAUUUAAUAUUGUUUUUCUUUAUGUUGUGACAACCCAAACUUAAGUCAAUAAAACACAAAUUUGAAAAAAUGUAUCAUUAAAUAUA